CGGCGGUACAAAUCUCUGCAGUCCCGCAUAGCAACGGGCGGCGACGCGCCUCGCGGACGCAACACAAGAAGCCGUAACACUUUGUUUUUUUCGUGUGAGUUUAAAGGCACAGGUCUAACGAGCGCCGGCAAAGCGAAGUUUCCCUGCGGCACCUCAAAGUGACUUAGGGGAUGGGUGGGGUGGAGCGGUGGGGGGGUGUGAUAAGUGAGAUGGUCACUAAAAAAAAAGUGAUUUAAGACCCACGCGGAGCCGCAGGCAUUGCGAGGUUGGCAAUCGGCAUCCGCUGGACAUGCGGGAAGCAACCACGGCAGGCGUGGACGCUGACCCCAAGCUGCGAUGCCACGCGGUGCCCCGGGAGCUCACAAGCUGCGGGCGUUGCCAGGCGUGCGUGCUCACCGGCUGGCUGGACCGAACCACGGCCUGGCUGGGCCACUUGGGACAUUCAGCCCAGAGAGACUUCGUGGCCGGCCUUCUGCUGCGCACAAGAGCGAGGAAGUCUCUGAGUCAACUCGCCCAGACGAUCCAGCUUCCAGCCCUGGCCAAAGACCUGACGUACGCCCGAUCGGUCAUUAGCUGGCCGACAGCCAGCAACCUGCUCGUGUGGACGGACGUGCCGGAGAGCCUGCGUGGCGUGGAACACCCCGGCAGGGAGGCUUCCCGCGCGUGGCAGUGGUUCUCGUCCGCCGGCGUCUGGAGCCAGGCCCUCUUCCUACUGGGAGCGCUUCGUGCGUGCGACCCAUGCCUCUCCCUCGAGCUCAGUGAACUCGUGCAGGCGCUCGUGGAGCGGCAGCAUUGCUGGCGAACAGAAGAAGAAGAAGAAGGCAGGCAUGGAGGAGAGGAGGAAGAAGAGGCAAUUGGCGAGACUCGAAGCUCAAGUGACAGCUUCCGGACAGAAGAUCAUCCCGACUUGCAGCUGCUGGUGGCUGCCAGACGGGAUUACUGCGCCAUUUCACCCGGCAUGGUGCCACCGAGCCUGCGCCGAAACAUCGUCGGUGUCAUGGGGUCAGAGGUGAUGCUUUAUUCCAAGAAGAGCAAGACCAAGAUACGUAGAGAUCGUAUUGGAAUGGAAACCUUCCCAAGGCACCUUGGUGGUGUGGGAAAUCAAAGGGACUUAAUCCGGAGCCUUCCUGUGCAUCUCGCCAAAUACAUAUUGGGUAUAUUGGACCAGGCGUCAUUGUCGGCUUGCCGGCACGUGUCACUGCACUGGCGGUACCUCGUGACGGAGGUGCAGAAGGAGAGCAUCGUCAAACAGGUGGUCAGGGACGAGGCCAUGGCAUUGCAGGGAACAUCAGCCAAGAGGGUGAACCCAGUGUACGCUAGGCUACGAGAGGUGGAAGUACCAGCGCUCGCUGAAAAUGGAUUGGACCUCAUCUCCACUGGAGAUAUGGCAUCUCACAGCGCUUCCACCAAGGUGAAUAGCGGCUUCUCCUCUGCACUGCAGGGCAUUGCUACACGGGUGGUACACAUGGAGGAGAGGAAUGUCUACUGCAGCCCUUACAACGUCCUCAUUGUCCUACAAAAAGAGGAGCCGUGCCGGGUGGUGGCGUACGCUGGAGGCCACCUGGCGGCGCUGGGCUCCAUUGACCGGCACGUGCGGCUGCUGGACGUGGAGCGAGCCAAGGAGGUGCCCCCCGUGAUCCGCGGCCACGCGGGCAGCGUCCGCGCUGUCCUCGUGUGCCAGGAGAGGGGCCUCCUCCUCAGCGGCAGCUACGACCUGAGCAUCAGGUCGUGGAACAUGCACAGCGGUGCCUGCCUGCGGAUUUUCCGUGGACACCAGGGCACAGUCACCUGCUUGGCCCUGCACGGAGACUGCUUAGUGUCUGGAGCCAAGGACGCGCAUGUCAAAGUUUGGGACAUUCACACGGGGCGCUGCUUGCACACGCUCAAGCACCGGCGGUGCAUCCGAGCGGUCGGGGCGAACGCCGGGCACGUGGCCAGCGGCUGCGAGGGAGGCCUCGUCAAGCUGUGGCACCUGGAAUCCGGCAGCCUCAUCAAGGUUCUGGAGGGUCAUCGAGGAGCCAUCACAAGCCUUGCUCUGGACGCAUGGCACCUCGUGACAGGAGGCGUGGAUGGAUUCGCCAUGACCUGGAGCAUUCUGGGAAGGCACAGACUCUCCAUUGCAGCUUUCAGGCAUCCCCGGGAGGUGCUGUGCGUGGCCCUGCUGUACCUGCGAGUCGUGACCGGCUGUGCCGACGGCAAGAUCCGCGUGUUCAACCUGCUGUCUGGCGACUGCCUCCGUGUCAUGCGGGGAAACAGCCACUCCGAGCCGAUCACUUACCUGGCCACAAGUGACAGCAGGCUGCUGAUCAACACGCCGACGAGCGUGCUGGUGUUUCAGUUUGAAGACGUGCGGUGGGAUUACGACGCGGCGAGCGAGUGCGUGGAUAAAACGACGGUCGAAGAGGAGGAGGAGGAGGGAGAGGAGGAGAAGCCCGGCAAUGAGCCGGCAGCGCCAGCGCCGCGGCGAGUGCCCACGCGAGCCCGGCGCGUCCGGAAACCUCGCUCGGCGUUACUGGGCAAGACCGCGGCAGCCGGGACGCAUCCGCAUCCACUGCUAGAGAGAGGACACACCGCAUCACUCCCUCUGUCACAAGAUGUCCUGCACAGCUUUGAUCUCCACUGGCAAAAGAGGCCAAUGACAGCAGAUCAAAUAUAUCUCAAGAUCUCUGCAAUGCGGCAGAAGCAGAGCUCAGAGCAGCUUGGCAUCAACGCCGAAAAAAAUCACCAGCCAGGGAUGCUGAACACAAAAGGGCUUAAACUGGAUCCAAUCAAAUCGACGGCGGUCCAACCAUCGCCUUUGAAAUCUCCCCAAGUGGAGCUUUCGCAUUCCACGAGUUCGGAGGCGAUUGCUCUGCUCAAAGCAGAACGCCCUAAGUCACCGUGUCCAAACGGCGUCAGGCAGAGCCAGGAUUCCACAGCGCACGAACGCGGCAAGGCGGCACGAAGCAGCGUCGGCUCGCCCGAGCCGUCGGUUCCGAACGUCGCGCUGGGGAAGCUGACGUUCGUGAAAACCGUGGCGACCCCUUUGGAGGUGCUCGACUCGAAGCCGAAGCGAGAGCCGAGCGGCAGAGUGGCGAGCUCCUCCGUCCCCCGGCCCCAGCUCGCACGGGCCCUCACCAGCCUCGGCUUCUGCGAGACACCGGGCAGCGCGCGGUGCGCGGCACGGGCCCGGCCCCGCUCGGUAACCUCGGCCUCCCCGAAGCUGCACCGAGUCGGCGGGUUCACCACGUCGGCCGAGCGGCCUAUUGGCGACACGAGGAUGCUCUUCCAUCCCGGGCACCCGGGCGCUGGCGCGACCCCGAGCCGGGUGGGGUCCGCCGACAAAGGAACCCGCCGCCCCCUGGCCUCGCCGAGUCGCUUAGCCGAAUUGAGGUCUUGCACCGGGCGGUCCCAGGGGCAGCAGCUUAGCAGGGAGGCUCAGAGCCAGGCUGCGGCAGGCGUAAGGCAACGCGUGGUGGACAGGCAGGAUUUGAGCAGGUGCCGCUCUAGCAAGUGACGGGUCAUAACGCGCAUUUCUGAUUUAGGAAGUUGUGGAGAAGUAAGCAAUGGAUGCAUGCACACUCUACUGUGACGGGAUUGCACCGCAACGAGCCCCGGUCAUAAGUACGUCAAGCUAUGAAUGUGCACCUUUAGGUGUAGUAAUGGCUGGCACUGUUUCAAGAGGCAGAGGCAAUAACCCUGGUAUGGUUGUGACUGAACAGUUGUAUCAAGUCACUCAACUCUCAUGCUCUCCCUCCCUCGUGCUUAAAUUGACUUUCUCGCUCUCAUUUUAUCCGCUUUGGCUCUUGUCAAAUGUCACAAUACGAGUGGCCGAGUGGGCUCAGAGUUCAGGACACUGAGCUGGCACUGCGGAGGUCCUGGGUUCGAAUCCAAACGACAAAUUUGGUUUUACAUUUAAUUUUACGACAUAAUUAAACAUAAAGUUUGUUUGUCACGCAACAAAGUGGAUGGUAAGGUGUUGCCCUCGACUUUGUGGAUCAGAGGUCACUCGAAGGGAUUUCAAGAGGUAGUUCUGUGACAUCCCCUUCCGUGGGCUAUUCUCGAACACAAAAAGGUUUGCAGCAUGUGCUCAAGAAAGAAAAUGUCAUCUGCACACGCAAAGGAUGCUGGGAUUCGUGUUGUGUUUUCGGUUGGGAAACAACUUUUUUUGCAUUUAUAGUUAGUGCUCUUGGUGUAUCUGUUUUACACUCGUUGCUGUUUUGUCAGCUUAUUCCCAUCUCUUGAUUUAUAUACAGUCUCUUUGUUAGCGUGCAGUUUACAAUGUUAGUUUAAUGGCACUUAUAGAAAAAAAAUUGUUCCGUGCAUUGUAGCAACAAUCAAUAAAUGUAUUAGCCGGAUAUAAUACCAUCUUUCUCAGUCCCAGUCAUUAUAAGACGCAAUUGCAUUGCUAUAAAAACAAAGACACUGGUCUACAAUAAGGUAUACAUAUCACUUGUCAGCUGAUGUAAAACAAUAUCUGCUAUGCGUGGCAUUGUAAUAUCAGUGCUUAUAAAAACCAAGCACUUGAUGAUUUGUUUUGUUAAAGCCAUGUGAUGCUUGUGGGCUCUCAUUGUAAUUUAAUAAAUUAUACUUUCAUGCAUGAAAAUCUCGGGCUGCAUUUAUUCACGCAAUCCAAACGAAAUAAGCAGUAUUCUUAGCUCUUUCGGUAAAGUCACGUUAAAGGG